GCGAGUCCGAGGCGUUGCCGUCCAGGCGGCGAGCGAUUGGGUGCGCGCCGACAUGUUUGGGCACUGCGCACUUGCAGGCCGGCCAUUCGCGAGUCACUUGAACGUGCCAAGCGUUCAAUGUCCUAUCCAGCAGCCAAUGUCAUAUCCAGCAGCCAAUGACAACGGCAGCGGCAGCCACUCCCGCCCGCCACGGUUCCGCCAGGAUGCCUCGCACGUCGACCGCCCACCGUCACCACAACCACCGACGGGCAUGCGCGCAUGAUAGUCAACGCCAAGAACAGCCUGCUGCUGCAGGGCGGCGUGGUCAGGGCGAGCAUGCUGGGCCGCUCGACGUAUGCGACGCGGACGCCGGGGGACGAGGAGCUGGGCAAGAAGGACGACGAUUUCAAGUUUGGGGCGGCAAAGAAGGACGACAAUCUCAAGUUCAAGGCGGCGCGGCGACACGGCAGCCUCUCGUCGUUUGGCUGGCGAUGGCGGCGGAGGCGGGUGCUGCUUGUCGUCCUGGCAUUCGUCCUGUUGUCGCUGACGAUGCACCUGAUGUGCGCGCCGUCGACCGGCGACAAGCGCAGCAUCCACGCCUUCACGUACACGCCGCCCGGCCGAGACGCCCGCCACGACGCCCACCACGACGCCCGCCACGACGCCCGCCACGACGAUACAUUCAAAGAACCCGUUGGCGCGCCGCCGGGCAUGCGCGCCCCGCGCCGCGGAGAGCCCACGCCGCACACGUACGACGGCGCAUACAAGUUCUACCGGCUGGCGCGCUCGCUGCGCGCCGCGGCGCACACGGACGGCGCCCGCAAGACGAACCGCAACGUGCUGUUCGCCGUGUCGAGCCUGCAGAGCGCGGCGACGCUGCUGCCGCUCGUCUGCGACAUGGCCAGCCGGGACCGGAACUGGGUGCACGUCGCCUUGCUGGGGCGCGACGACAUGUCGCUCGAUGACUUGCUGGCCAUCAACGGCGUCGACCGCAAGGCGUGUCCCGCCCUCUGGCACGACGCCCGGCCCGACUACGCAGACUACAGCAGCGACGCGCGCGCCGAGGCGAGCGUGCAGUCGGCGCUCACCCACGUCCACAGCUUCCUGCACCCGCAGGCUGCCAUUGUCGACGAUGCCCUGAGCGAGGAUGCCUUUUUCGCUGCCGCCGUGCGCAACGCGACCGCCGCGCUCGACGUGCCGCUCAUCGAGGUGCCCCGGGGCCAGUGCGACGACUUGAUGUGGCUCGCCCGCCUCGACGCCGCCGCGCUGCGCAGCUGGCACCUCCCCACCGUCGACAUCGUCGUGCAGGUCCCGCCCGACUCGUCGAGCGUGCUGCAUCUGCUCGCGUCGCUCGCCCACGCCGACUACGCCCGUCUCCCCCCACCGCGCAUCACCCUCGAGCUGCCGCCCGCGCUCGACCCCAAGGUGCAGCGCGCCCUGGCCUCGUUCGCCUGGCCGCCGCACGCCCACUCGCGCAGCCAGCUCGUGCUCCGCCGCCGCGUCCGCACCCGUCGCGCCACGCAGGAAGACGCCGCCGUCCGCUUCCUCGAGCUCUUCUACCCGCCCGACGCCCACGCCCACGUCCUGCUGCUCGCCCCGCACGCCCAGCUCGCGCCCGCCUACUUUCACUACCUCCGCUACCUGCUGCUCGAGUACCGCUACUCGUCCACCCGCCCCGCCGCCGCCGCCGCCAUGAUGGGCCUCAGCCUCGACCGCCCGCCCGUGCUCGUCGACGGCACCACGCCGCUGCUCCCCGCCGAGCCGAGCGCGCCGUUCCUGAUGCAGGCGCCCGCCGCCCACGCGACGCUGUUCUUCGCCGACAAGUGGGCAGAGUGGCACGAUUUCCUCACGCACCGGGUCAGCGCGCCGCACACGGCCAAGGGCGCGCGCACGCUCAAGCUCGUCUCCGAGACGCUGCCGAGCUGGGCCGAGUACAUGCUCGAGCUCAUGCGCGCGAGGGGGUACUUUUUGCUGUACCCCGCGACGCGGGGUCUGGUCACCGUGCACAGCGAGCUGUACCGCGCGCCCGAGGAGUUUUCGACCGGCUUCACCUCGGACACUUUCGACACGCCUUUCGACCCCGACGCGCCUUUCGACCCCGACGCGCACUUUGUCCGCGCCCCCUCGCCCCCGCCCCCUCGGCACAAGACCCGCGAACCCCCUCUUCUCGCUCGCAAACCACUCCACGCCCUCCUCCCCUUUGCCGCCGACCUGCCCGCGCCCCGCCACCUGCCGCACCUGCCGCACCUGCUGUACAACGGCGUGACGCUGGAUCCGAGCAGCGUCGCCGUCGUCGCGGGCAAGUACCGCAAGGAAUUCAGCGAGGGCGUCGGGGGGUGCGUGGUUCCUGCGGGGAAGAGGAGGACCGUCGUCGGCGGGCGGGCGGGGGAUUUGUUUUGUUUUGGGGACGGGGGGUGGGAGGAUGUACACCCUGCAGGUUCAGUGAGCGAUGCAAUAUGAUUUUGUUUCAACUUUUGCUCUGCGCUGAUAUGUCUCGUCGCCUACUACUUGCACUGUAUGUCUCGUCGCCUACUACUUGCACUGUAUGUCUCGUCGCCUGCUACUUGCACUGUAUGUCUCGUCGCCUGCUACUUCCACUGUAUGUCUCGUC